AUGAGCCAACCAGACAUUUCAACCAUUAUUAUCAUAGGAGCAGGACCAGGAGGAUUAUCUUUGGCCCAAUCGAUUCAAAAGAAUCAUAAUUCACCUGAAAAGAAAUUUAAUAUAAAAGUAUUCGAGCGAGAGACAACACCUCAAGAGCGAUGGCAAGGGUGUUUCAUCUCUUUAAAUUCACAAGGCGUAAGAUGGUUAUUGAAAUGUAUCCCAGAAUCGGUCACGAACCGUCUUCACGAAGCGAUUCCAGAUCCUAUAAUUGACCUUGAGACACAGAAUAUAUAUUUUUGUGAUCAUAAAGGCUCGCUUUUACUAAAAUCACCUGCCUUUAAAUUUAAAAAUUUUCAUGAAUUUAGUAAAUUGAAAAGUGAAUUUACCGGUUUUUCAACUUAUAGGGAUAGAUUAAGAGACUUAUUGUUAGAAGGUAUUGACGUACAAUGGGGAAAGAAAUGUAUUGGAUACGAAGAAGAUGAGGAAGGAGUUUGUGCAAUCUUUGAAGACGGAUCUAGGGUUAAGGGUGAUUUCUUGAUUGGCGCAGAUGGAAUUAAUUCUCCAAUUCGCAAACAGAAAAUUCCCGAGCUGAAGAUGCAUGAUAUUGGUAUUACCGAUUUUAUCGUAGAUGUCUUUCCCAAAAAAGGAUUGGUGGAUCGAUUGAAUGCGAUUACCGGAAAAUCUAUCAUGAAAGUAACAAUUGGUACAAAUGGAGAUUGUAUGGGAUGUAUAUAUCGUUAUAUUCCAGUCGAUUACUCAGACUUAAAUAAUGAACCACGUUAUCGAAUGUCAAUGGGAUAUUCAUAUCUAACCGAAAAAAAUGGAGUUGAUUAUAAAGCUGACGACCUGCCAACGACUAAAUUACCCAAUGAUGAUGAAGUGUUGGAUGAGAUCAAAAGAAGAAUUAAAGAACUUAGACCCGAAGGAGAACUAACAUCAAUCAUGCUCGAGUUAUGGGAUUUAGUAAAAACGAGGAAUGAAAUUAAUAAGGAACAAAAGUACCCUCAUAAAGCACAUUAUCCGCUUAUUAGUAGGCAAUUAAAAGAUCUCGAUCCAUUAUCUGUUAAAGAAUGGGAAACUACAAGAGUUACAUUGAUAGGUGAUGCGGUUCACGCAAUGAAUCCAUGGUUGGCAUUAGGUACCAAUAGUGCGAUUGAAGAUGCAUUUUAUCUUUCCGAGGCUUUUGGGAAAUUGAAUAAGGAUAAUUGGAAAGAAAACAUCAACCAUUAUGAAAAAGAAAUGAGAACUCGUACAUCCAAGUAUGUGAUUAUGUCAAGAAAAGCAAUGUUACGUGAUCAUGAACACCAUCAUACCUUUAUAGGAAUCCUUUUUAGAAAUUUUAGACUCAAGUUUUUAAGUAAAGUUAUGAGUAUCGUUGCUUGGUGGAAGGGUGAUGAACAUGAUUAA